AUGAACAAUAUAUGCACUAAGUUACGUUCUACGUUAACUAUUAAACAUUUAGCCAGUCUUAUGUUUAUAAAUGUAAAUGGUCCUCCACUAGAUGAAUGGGAACCAAAAAGUUAUGUCAGUAGUUGGUUGGUAAAUCAUAAGACUGCUGAAGAUACCAGAACAAAAAAAAACGUCAACCAGGAACCAGAAACAAGAGAGGAAAAAAAAAGCAUAUAG